GACGCAACGUUCAGAUGCCACCCAGCUGCUGCUGAUGUUCACAAGAAGGUGGUCGAACAACAACACCGUGGUCAUCUGCUCAUCUUUGCAUCUUCUGUCUACUGAUAUAAGGAAGACUUUUUUCAACUGAGGGACCAUCUCUACCCGACUGAAAGCAGCUUCUCAAAGAACGACAGGACCGUGGUGAUUCCCCCUUCUCCCCUCUGCUGCACCCACUUUUCACCUUUCACACUGUCCCUCCCCACUUUUUGUGCUUCAGGUGUGUGUUCAGGCUGUAAGUAGUGAUGGGGGACUGGAGUCUCCUGGGGAAUUUCCUAGAGGAGGUCCAGGAACACUCCACUUCAGUCGGGAAGAUCUGGCUCACCAUCCUCUUCAUCUUUCGCAUCCUGGUGCUGGGCACAGCAGCAGAGUCGUCGUGGGGUGACGAGCAGAGUGAUUUCCUUUGUGACACUCAGCAGCCUGGUUGCACCAAUGUGUGUUAUGACAAGGCCUUCCCCAUCGCACACAUCCGCUACUGGGUGCUGCAGAUUGUCUUUGUCUCCACGCCCUCCCUCAUCUACAUGGGCCAUGCCAUGCACACGGUGCGCAGGGAGGAGAAUCGGCGAAAGAGGGAGCAGGAGGAGAGAGAGGCGAGAGGGGAAGGUAGAGGAGACCUGGAGGGGGAAAAGGCGUAUCUCCAGCAAAGGGAGAGCGGAAAAGAGAUGGCGUCUGAUGGGAGCAGCCGAGUACGCCUAAAAGGGGCACUGCUGCGGACUUAUGUCCUGAGCAUCUUGAUCCGUACAAUAAUGGAGGUGACAUUCGUUGUGGUGCAGUAUCGUAUCUAUGGGGUGUUCCUCAAUGCGUUGUACCAAUGCAAAGAAUUGCCCUGCCCUAACACAGUUAACUGCUACAUGUCACGGCCCACAGAGAAGAAUGUCUUCAUCAUCUUCAUGCUGGUGGUGGCCGGCGUGUCUCUGCUGCUCUCUGUGUUGGAGCUCUACCAUCUCGGCUGGAAGAGCUUCAAGAGGUGCAUGCACAAAAAGAUGAUGCAAAAGAACAAGCACAGAGCUGUGACAGUAGCGGUGUCUGCAGCCUUGGAGUCUAAUACCCCAACACAACCCUCAGCCUCCUGCACCCCACCUCCUGACUUCAACCAGUGCCUGACAGCCCCCAGCUCUAUAAACCCCAUGACCUCCAUGGCCUCUCAUCCCUUCAACACCAGGAUGGCACUGCAGCAGAACUCAGCCAACUUGGCAACUGAGCGGCAUCACAGCUGCGACAAUCUGGAGGAUGAUGAAGACUUCCUCAGAAUGAGAUAUGAUCAGGUACCAGUGGAGCUGCCCAACAACUGCUCGCAACUGCCUCUGCUGCACUCAGUCUACCUGAAGGACAAACGGCGCCUAAGCAAGACCAGCGGCACCAGCAGCAGAGCUCGCCAAGAUGACCUGGCAGUAUAGAAUCAAAAAGAGUGGUUGACGAGGAAGAGAGAGAGUUAUUUCUCUAUGACAGAGACGUUGGCUUAGGCUUAGACUGCAGGACCAAGGCCUUACACUUGAUUACCAGUGACCACAUUAAAAACUGAUGCCAAGAUCUGUGUAAUGUAAACUUGACAUGUGUGAGCUCUGUGUCCCGGAGCUCAAAACAAACUGCAAAACAAACUGUAAAGCAGAAUAAUGACAACAGGGUAACAGGUGUGAUACCUGACUAUUGCACAUUAUGAAUAGAGAAUCCUUUCACUAUAAACAAAACUAUCAGCAUUUCAGUUAUCUGCAGAUUAGCCAAUUUUGUCACAACCAACGGGGUUAUCCCAAAUGCAAAAAUAAGAGAACAGGAUCCCAAUAUGCUGUAAACUGUGAAGCUCUUCGAUAAAGUGCCUUAUCAAGUGUGAGAAAUAUCUAUUUCUUUAGUAAAAACAAUAUUAUUUAAAAGCCACGGUAGAGACUGUAAUUUACAUCACUUGUUGACCUGAUUGCACUAUACCUGCAGGUCAACAAACAUAAAAUGUAACUCAUUAAUAAUAACACUGCAGUCUCAAAGUGUGUAAGUAAAACCAGUCAGAAGUCUUCUGCGUACAGAAAUGAGAGAAUGUAGCCACUUAAAGGACUUUCUUUUUGAAAGCUGCUCAAAGAAAAGGAGGAGGUCCUGCUCGGAUGUUUUCACGAAUGGAUUCAGCCACUAGGUGGCAACAAUGCACUAGCGUUUUUUCCGUUUCUCUCCCGGAGCCAUUGUGUUAAACGUAAAUGUUUUCCUAAGAAAUGUGUGACUCAGUUGGUGUCUUUGAAUGUAUUUCCUUUCCAUUGUCUUGCUCUUGUCACAGCAGAGUAACUGUGCAAGUGGUUCGUGACCAUGAUGUGAGUCAGCGUCUUUACAAGUAGAAGAGGAUUUGUUUUUCACAUAAUGUACAUUUGAAAAACUGUUGAUCCUGCUGUACAUUCACUGCAGUCUUUGGUUCUUUCACACAGACAUUUAUGCAAUAAUUGUCAUCACUAACCCACAACAAAUGAAUAAACCAUCAGCUGUACAAUCUGCUGUGUUGUUCUCAGUGUGCGAUUUAUUCAGUGCUGUACAACACCAGUCUUUGAU